AUGCUUCCCUCCUCUACCUCGGUGUGCAGGAAUGUGUCCAACGCCGCCGAGUGGCAGCACAUCUACGCGCUGCACAUCCACUCUCACGUCUUGAGUAGGCUCAAGGAGGAGGCGGCAGUGCGCACAAAAGGUGUGAAAAUGCGAGCGGAGGAGUUGCAUCUUCUCUACAUCGGCUAUCGCCAGCUCACAGUACACGAAUUGGACCACUACGACGAGGCGACUGCACCACCUGUGCCAUAUCCUUUCAGGGAUCAGAUUAACACGACUGCCUAUGUGUCAGCCUUCAUGCCUUCGUGCCUUUACAUUGUGCCGGGUGAGGAUGCCUGGCGUAGUGGUGGAUGCAAAGUGAGUUCCUCCCAAAUACGACUCCUUAAAUCAUUCGCUAAGUCUUGA